GCAUUGUAUGUUUAUUUUGCAGCCUUUUACACAAACUUAAUAUCCAUCAAUGUGGGUGCUGCUUUCGCGUGGACUUCACCAGUGUUGCCAAAGUUUAAACAGCUCGGCGAAGACAACCCUUUUGGACAAGCAACAACGACCUCCGAAGAUGCUUGGAUCACCUCCCUCAGCUGCUUGGGGGCGGCAUUCGGCCCCAUCAUCUCCGGAUACCUUUCGGAGAAAUUGGGACGGAAAAAAACUUUGCUACUUUUUUCGCUGCCUAUGAUAGUUUGUCAAAUAAUAACAAUGUUUGGUGAUAAAGUGUACGUUUUCCUCGUGGCGAGAUUUUUGUGGGGACUCGGAAUGGGAUGUGUUAUGUCUGUGGUUCCUGCUUUUAUAGGUGAAAUUUCCGAGGAUAAGAACAGGGGUUUGUUGGGAGUUUUUAUGUCACUGUUUAUAAAAAUUGGUAUCAUACUUAUGUAUGCUGUAGGGCCUUUUGUUAAUAUGACGAUACUGGGAUUGGUGAAUUUGAUACCAUUGCUUUUGUUCUUGAGUACGUUUGGUUUAUUGGUGCCUGAAACGCCGUAUCAUUUCCUAAAAAACGAUGUUAAAGUAAAAGCAAAAAAAUCUCUAGUAAGAUUCAGAGGUAAAAAUUGCGACGUAAAGCUUGAGUUGGAGGAAAUGACGAUGGUUAUAGAAGAAUCCAAAGCUAGUAAGGCUUCGAUAAAGGAUAUGUUUUCCUCUAAACCUUUGAAAAAAGGCUUAAUGAUAUCCUGCGGUUUAUUUUUCUUCCAACAAUUCGCAGGAAUUAACGCUGUAUUGGGAAACAUGGAGACAAUCUUUCAGGCUGCAAAGAGUUCGUUUCCUGCUAAAUACGCUGCAACUUUUUUGGGUGUAAUACAGAUGAUUAUGACCUUUUUAGUUUCCCAACUGGCCGAUAGACUAGGCAGGAAAAUAUUGUUGUUAAUAUCGAGUUUAGGCUCUUGCCUGUCUAUUGCUGGUUUGAGCGUGUAUUUUGCUUUAAGCUCCAACAAAUACGAUGUGAGCUCUGUCUCAUGGUUACCCACACUGAGCCUCUUAAUUUACAUUAUUUGCUUUAAUACAGGUCUAAGUUGCCUGCCGUUUGCAAUCCUAGGUGAAAUAUUUCCUGUUAAUUUCAAAUCAUUGGCAUCAUCCAUGGCCACUUCUGUUAAUAUGUUCUUGGCCUUUUUGGUGACCAUGUUCUAUCCCCACGUUUCCGAAGCCUUAGGUUUGGCCGGUUCGUUCGGGCUCUUUGCCCUUUUUUGUUUGAUCGGAUUUUUAUUUACGUUGUUUGUUGUGCCUGAGACCAAAGGAAAGAGUUUGAUGGAAAUACAAAGGAUUUUAAACGAUGAGGAUGUUGACAGUAGUAUAGAAUAG